UGGAAAUUCACCAACAGUCCAACGUAGUACACUGUCUCUCUCUCUGUCACAACCUGUGUAGUACAACGCAAAUUGACUCGUAUAAAUCCACCCCAACACCAUGCCAUUGCCAUCUCCGUCGCCGUUCAAAUCCUCUUCUCAAUGGCUCUCCCUCGCCGCAUCCUCUUCUUCUCUGUUCUCUUCCUUUUCCUCUUCCUCUCUGUUUCCGCUCACAGCGGCCACCACGACGACGACGACGACGGAGACGCCGAUGCCGACGGUGCUCCCGACUUACGCGCGAGGCCGUUGGUUUUGGCGAAGGUGUGGUGUCUGAUUGUGAUUUUCUUUGCGACGUUUGUGUCUGGGGUUUCGCCGUAUGUGUUGAAGUGGAACGAGGGGUUUCUGGUUUUGGGGACUCAAUUUGCUGGUGGGGUGUUUCUGGGAACUGCUAUGAUGCAUUUUCUUAGUGAUGCCAAUGAGAUGUUUGGUGAUUUGACUGAGAAAGAGUACCCUUUUGCGUUUAUGUUGGCUUGUGCGGGAUACUUGCUUACCAAUCUUGUGGAUUGUGUGAUUUCAUCUAUUUUGGCAAAGUCUCGCCGUGGUGCUGAUGUUGAGAGUCAAGGGGAUGAGACAGGCAAAGAAAGUGGCAAUGGUGUUACUUCCCAGUCACAACACCACUCAGGAAACCAUCAUGCUAUUGUAUCUGUGAGUUCACUUGGAGACACCAUCUUGUUGAUUGUUGCCCUGUGUGCUCACUCAGUAUUUGAGGGCUUAGCAAUUGGAGUUGCUGAGACAAAAGAAGAUGCUUGGAAAGCUUUAUGGACAAUCUGUCUGCACAAGAUAUUUGCAGCCAUUGCCAUGGGAAUUGCUCUCCUCAGGAUGAUUCCUGAUCGCCCCCUAGUGUCUUGUGCAAUCUAUGCUUUUGCUUUUGCUAUCUCCAGUCCAAUUGGUGUAGCCAUUGGAAUUAUACUAGAUGCUACAACACAAGGUCAUGUGGCAGAUUGGAUCUUUGCUAUAUCAAUGGGUCUAGCUUGUGGAGUCUUUGUCUAUGUAUCAAUUAACCAUCUAUUGGCAAAAGGGUACGUGCCUCAGAAACCAACAAAGGUUGACUCAGCCUAUUUCAAGUUUCUUGCUGUUGUGUUGGGCGUUGGAGUGAUAGCGGUUGUGAUGAUUUGGGACACUUGAAGUCAUUCAGAAGCAAGGGUAUUAUAGUAGCUUAGUUCUGCUCUGGAAAUUCCAUGAUAUCUUUCUCUUUACCCCUACGCAAAAUCUUUGUAAGAUAGACAAAUUGAUUAAUAUUUACACGUUUUGCAAGAUAGACAGUUGGAUUUGUUUUUAGGACAAAAGUUACAUACAAUUUAAUGUGUGUAAUUUUUACCGUUGAUCAAACGGUAGUUCAAGAAAUUAUCACAAUAAUAAAAUAUUAAGAUUGUGGGUA